ACCGGCAGCGCCGCAGCCAACGAAGCAGCAACUCGGACGGUGGAGGCGGGCGAGCUCAAAGUCCGUGCUGAGAGCGCACUUUGGGAAUGGCACGCGAGCGCUCGACAGUUGAGUAACGAGCCACCGACUACGCUGUGUUGGUUCCGCGUGUGCGGAGAGCUGGAGCGUUUCUGUGUGUGCGUGAAAGAGUGAUAGCGUGACAGCGAGCGGCAAACUUGUUCUGAGGCACGUCGCUAUUAUUUUUCUUCAAGACGCCACCGCAGUAGCUCUGCGUCUGCGUCAAGGACUCGGAAAAAAGAAGACUGCAGCUUUGGACGAAAGAAAGAAAUACAGAUGCUGACUCCAUCUAUGACGGAUACAGGCGAGCUCCCUUGAUCCAGUGAGCGUGGAGCGAGAGGGGCUUCAGGAAGUACCGCAGUCGUGGACUCCUCCGUCAGGUGGCGAAAUGUUGCUGGCGCGCUUCUCCUGGGAAUGUCACUCUGUAUACGGAGCUGUCGGUGUAACCUGACGCUGCAGGACAUCUUGCCCGACGACCCUCGGCAGUAUGACAAGACGUCACCACCUAAGAAAGAAGGUCGUCCAACGGUUGUGCUUUUCCACGUGACGGUCAUGAGCUUGGAUUCUAUCGACGAAGAAUCUAUGACGUACGCGGCGGACAUUUUCUUCUCGCAGUCGUGGAAGGACCAUCGGCUACGGUUGCCAGACAACAUGACGGCCGAGUACCGGGUGCUGGAGACCGACUGGCUGGAGCGGGUGUGGCGGCCCGACUGCUUCUUCAAGAACGCCAAGCAAGUCACCUUCCAGACGAUGACCGUGCCCAACCACUACAUAUGGCUCUAUAGAGACAAGACCAUCCUCUACAUGGUCAAGCUAACCUUGACGCUGUCCUGCGCAAUGAACUUCGCCUCCUACCCACACGACACGCAGACGUGCUCCUUGCAGAUGGAAAGCCUGUCACAUACGACAGAUGACCUGGUGUUUGAGUGGAACGAUCGAGAUCCACCCGUGGUGCACACUGAUUUCCACCUGCCCCAGCUGGACCUGGAGUACACUGACCCGCAGGACUGCACGGAGUCCUACUCGACAGCACCAGGUUUUCAAGAAGGCCCAGUUCACGGUCUGCUGGAAGCACCGGUACAGUCCCUGAAGCGGCAAAAAGAGGACUGCAUCCAAGACCACUAG